UGCCAGGCCAAAAACGCACAAUGCAAACAAAGUGAAUAGUGGCACCAUCUGUUACAUUGCAGCUGCCUGAAAUUAAUAUCGAUCUUUUUUAUUUCAAAUACUACUAGUAUCAUUACUAGUAUUUUUCUACUGUAAACUGUGAAUUUCAAAUGCAUAUUUCCAAAUUACUAGGCACCUUAUAUUUCCGGAUAACAUUCAAGGAAAAACCAUUCAAAAUACUCAAUCUACCGCUUGUUGUUUUGAAAAACGUGAUGAAUCAAAUGAAUAUUCGUUCAAUUUUCAAACUAUCGAAGACAUCAAAAAAGAUGUACAAAAAAUUGAGAUACGCCAAAAGGAACAUAUACAAGUUAGUUAUCGACAAUCACUUCGAAUAUGACGUUGGAAACAACUUUCCUCUACUAUACCAAAGAAUCAUAAUAUUCGAAAAAAAGAACGACUUUGUGUCCGUCUAUCGUGCAAUGUGUAAGAAAAAGUCUUCAGAUCCAUCAACUUUAGCCAAAUACAGUGUGCAUUUCUGGGUAGAGUGGUUUUACAAAAUAGACAAAUUCGGAGAAAGAAAACUUGUUAAUUCGGUAUACAAAUAUAGAAAUGCGAAAAAAUGUUGGAAACUCUUAACUCGAUUCGAUGAACUAUUUUCAAUCGACCACGUGGAUUUGGUAAUUGAUAGGAGUAAACUUUUUCGGUUUCACACAACACUAGAACAUCCAUUAUUUCGAAAAUGUGAUUAUGUGGAGAUUGUUAAAAGUUAUUCGUAUUUGACGAACAAUGAUAUGCAAUUUGUAUUGAACAAUUUCAAUUUGAAAAAUGGAAUGCUGGUUAAAUGUUUGUUUUGGAAGGAUUUCAAACUGGAAUUGCUGUUCAAAAUUCCUCGAUUGGAUAUUUUCAAUGCACAACAGUUCACACUAGAUGUAUUAAUAAAAAUGGAUUGUAAGGUCAUCAAAUUAUGGAAACAUGAACUCGGACCACACCAUAUCAAUCAAUUUAUUCAUUUGUGGAUGGCGGGAGCAAUGCCCAAUUUACGAAGACUUCGCUGCAACGACUUUUGUAGCCCUUGGCAGAUGGAUGAAAUUCUCCGUGGCGUUGAACAUUCGAAGUGGGAUGGGGAACGUCGAGCAAGGAUUUUUUGCGAUGGAAUUGAACGAAUUAACUGUGGAAUUGGAGACGAUAUCGUUCGAAAUGAUGGAGUACUUGCAACUGUGUUUUACAUAAAUAGAUGUGUCGAUUUUCUUGUAUGGCAUGACAACAAAUUUUAAUAAAAUAAAUAGAAUAUG